AUGGAGGCCCCCUUUGGAUCUCACCCUCCUCUGGAGGCUUCUUCCUGUGCCUUGGUGGGGGACUCAGGGCUGUGGUGGAGCCCUGGGGUCCCUCUCUUCCCUCCCCUCAUAUGUGGCAGUUCUUGUUUUGCAGGUGCAGCCGGGUGUGUAGCAACGUUGCUCCACGAUGCAGCCAUGAACCCUGCCGAAGUGGUCAAACAGAGGAUGCAGAUGUACAACUCGCCUUACCAGCGUGUGACGGACUGUGUGCGGGCUGUGUGGCACAACGAAGGGGCCGGAGCUUUCUACCGCAGCUACACCACCCAGCUCACCAUGAACAUCCCCUUCCAAGCCAUUCACUUCAUGACCUACGAGUUCUUGCAGGAGCAGCUCAACCCCCACAGACAGUACAACCCGGGCUCCCACGUAGUCUCCGGAGCCUGCGCGGGGGCUGUCGCUGCUGCUGCCACUACACCUUUGGACGUUUGCAAAACGCUGCUCAACACCCAGGAGUCCCUGGCUUUGAGCUCCAACAUCAGCGGACACAUCACAGGCAUGGCCAAUGCCUUCAGGACGGUGUACCAAGUGGGUGGUGUGACCGCCUACUUCAGAGGGGUCCAGGCAAGAGUCAUUUACCAGAUGCCCUCAACAGCGAUCGCCUGGUCAGUGUACGAGUUCUUCAAAUACAUCCUCACCAAGCGCAGGAAGGAGCGGCGGGCUGGGAAGUGA